AUGGCAACGCCUCGAGAUGCAAUCAAUAUUGGAACAACUUUGGACUACCAGACGAUCGUGGCCUCAUGGUCACCAGAGGAGCGAGCUGCCAGGGAAAAGACGCUGAAAAGAAAAAUUGACCUUCGCCUUCUCCCCAUCCUCAGCCUUAUGUACAUACUCAAUUACAUUGAUCGCAACGCGCUUCCACAAGCUAAGGUUCAGGGAAUCUCCGAAGACAUCGGUCUGGCUGGUAUAGAAUACAACGUCGUGCUGAGUCUUACAUUCAUCGGAUACAUCCUGAUGCAAGGAAUCGCGGAAGCACCGUUUUUCGCCGGUGUUGCUUUCUUGUUCUCGGGCUGGUAUACCCGGUCAGAACUUGGCUUUCGGCUUGGGCUCUUCUUCUGCGCCGCCAUGAUCAGCGGUGCUUUCGGAGGUCUCUUCGCAGCGGGUAUUGCCGCAGCCUUCAAGAACAACAAAAUCCCCAGCUGGCGGUGGCUUUUUAUCAUCGAAGGAGCUGCUACUGUCGUCUGUGCGAUGGCUACCACGUUCAUUAUCCCGGACUGGCCAGCAACUACGAAAUGGCUCACUGAGGAAGAGAAAGCCUUGGGCGUUGUCCGACUCAUCGAAGACGCUGGCGAUGAAGAAUCGGAGAUACGGACCUUUGACGCGUUGAAAAUGGCGGUCAAAGACCAUCUAAAGGACUUCGGAUACAGCAACAUCAAUACUCUUUUGCUGACUGCACCUCCGUACGUGUUUACGGCCCUUUUCAGCCUGUUCAACACCUGGCACAGCGACAAAACGAGCAACCGCUCCCCGUACAUCGUGUAUCCAACGCUAGUUGCUAUGUCCGGCAUCAUAAUAACGCUUGCGACGACAAAUAUAGGCGCUCGAUACUUCGCAUUGUUCCUCAUGCUUCCAGGGACCUAUGGGGGUUUCCAAAUUUCCAACGCUUGGGUGGCGAACAUCGCCGCACGGCCUCAGAAAAAGCGAGCGAUUAGCCUUGCCAUGAGCAACUCGAUUGGAAACUUGGCCCUAGUUUGGACUCCAUACUUGUAUCCGGAUAGCGAUGGCCCGAGGUACACCACUGCUUGGAGUGUGAAUUUGGGGUUGAGUGUCGUCACCUUGACUUCGGUACUAUUUCUGUCCUUCAUUUUGAUAAGAGACAACAAGACGAUUCACGAUCUUGAGCUGCUGGGAUUCAACCUUGAACGCGCCGACGGCCAGCAAAAGCAGCAAGUGAUCUCUCGUCAUAACGAGCACCCUACCGUUGGUAGACCUAAUGGAGGUGCCAUCUCUGGCGGAUUAACCAGAUAUCAGACGUAG